GAAAAACUGUAAAUUCGUUUAUUUGAGUAACAAUACAAUGUCAUUUAAAAGAGAAGGUGAUGACUAUGAUUUAUUACAAAAUUUAAAGUGUUUCCAUCAUCAUGGCUGUCCGAAAAGUGAACCGAAUUCUAGAGGAAUUCAUUGAAAUUUACAGAUCAGAACCCUGUUUGUGGCGAAUUAAGAGCAAGGAAUACCAUGACCGUGAUGUGAGAGAGGCCGCUUAUGACAGACUUGUUACGAAAUUAAAGGAAAUUGAGCCUAAUGCGAAUAAGAGUUCAGUAGUAAAAAAAAUAAACAAUUUUAGAAGCAAUGUGCGCAAGGAAAAGAAAAAACGUUAUAUGUCAAUGAAAUCUGGAGCGGGUACGGACAAUGUGUAUUCACCAAAGUUGUGGUCCUUCGGUCUGUUCGACUUCCUAGGAGAUACCGAUGUGCCCAGUACUUCUUCGUCAAACUUGGACGAUGAAGAUGGAAGCGAGAUUGAUGAAGAGGGAACUGAAGAUACUGUCCAACAGUCUCCCCGCAAUGAAGAAUCGUCAGAGCAAACCACAAUGUCUCCCGUUCAUGGAACUCUACCGCAAACAGAAAAACGUUAUGCCCCUCUGCGUCCGGAUAUAGCUCAAAAAUGGAAAUCUGAGAAACUAAAUACAGAAGUUUUGGUUUCAGUGAGAGAUCACUUUAAGAAACCUCCACCUCAAGAUCACCGCUAUGACCUCAUGGGAAAAUCUUUCGCAGUGAGGAUUAGAGGUUUAGAAAAACGUCAGCGUCUGAUCGUUGAGAAAAGAAUAAACAACAUUAUUUUUGAAGAAGAAAUGGGAAUGCUCAAUACGCCAACAACUCGGACAACUUAUUAGACUAUAGAAGUUCAGGCUCUAGUAGGAAUACAAGUCCUUCAAAUGCAAGUUUGUUCGACCUCAAUUCCCAACAAGUCAGAGUUGCAGUACCUGGAACUCAAGAGGAACCUCACUCCUUGGCUAACUACUUGAGUGAAUUCAGUGAUAUUUGAUGAUUAGUAAUAAAAUAAAGCACCGUCGUGUCAGCGAGCUUCUUGCCAACUAUGUACCUGAGGAUGAAGCCAAAUUACUAAGCAAUGGAAGAUUAACAUGUCUGGUAUGCAGUCACAGACCAAUAUUUGACACAGUUUCUAUGCUGUCACUUCAUCGUAAAGGAAAGAAACACAUUAGUGAGCUGAGCAAGUACCUGGCCAGGAAGCGGGAGCUGGAGCUGAGGAGACUGAAGGCGGAGCACGGCAGCUACCUGGGGACGGGCUCCGUGCCGGCGAGGCCAGAGCCGCCCGCGCCCGCACAGAGCCGCCUGCUGGCGAGCAGAACGCCCUACAGCAGCUGCUGCCGGCCCCAGCGUCGCCCGGCCCUGGACGUGUCCUGCCUGCCAGGCCAGUCAGAUAUGACCCUAAAGAAAGUGGACACCAUUAGUCUUCCUUCAGCCAACUCUCAAGUGAGGAGGUACUUAAAAGAUUUGUGGAGAAAAAGGCCGUUGGAGAAGGAGGUUAAGAGGCGCAGGGAAAAUUUUGGAGGCACGACAGACUGUGACACUGGGCCAACCUCAGAAGUUAAUCCUGCAAUAACUAUAGAAGCCAAGGCUGACACGAGGAAAAGUAAUCCUGAGGCAGAAAAAGAGGCUGCAUAUAGUUUACAACUUAAAAUGUCUGGCUGGAUAAAAGAUUCCAAUGGUCGCUGGAUCAAAGACCCAGAGGUGGAGUUUGACAGUGACGAAUAUGAGCCUCCUCCUCCGCCCAGCUGACAGAAGCUGAGUCUACUAUGUCACUCUGUUUUCACACUUGUCUUGUUUACCAAAGUACAUUUUGUAAUUAAAUAAUGUUUUUUCAAGAAAA